GAUUUUGGUGGGAGUGGGAAGAAAGUAAGAAAACAUUUUUCUCAUUGUUGAAGUUGAAGAAUGAAGGGAGGGACCAGUUUUGGGUACCCCUAAAUUCUGUGCCUUUUCUGCAGCACCCAGUUUUUCCCAAUCCAGUUUCUAGAGAGAGAGAGACAAACAAACAAACAAUCGUUGAUUCUUCUUUCUCUACUUUCUUUUUUUUCUUUUCUAUUUUCUCUUCAAUUCUCUUCUCUUUCAUUCCCCAUAUACCCGAUAUUUUUCUCCCAGAAAUUCCCGGAGCUUUUCCGGGAAAAUUUUUCAAAAAGGAAUUCAACUUCGAGAUUUUUGAAAGAACCCCACAACGAAAAAACUCGGGUUUUAUCAUUCAAUCGCUUGUAAUUAUCCUUCCCCUGUUCGUUCUUGAUCCGAUCCUCAAUUUUUGUUAUUGGGCUUUAUCGACAAUCCAAGCACAAGGACUCACUACAACACCCCACCACAUUAACAAACUCAUUCCGGGUCCAAACCGGAUGGAUUGAUUACAAGUGUUGUUAACGAUUUUGGUUGCUAACGAAUUUUUCUGGGAAUCGGAUUCUCGUUGUGCUGAAUUUGAGCUACGGGGGUGGGGGGUUUUUUAGCUUCAUUUGGGGAUUUGCAUCGAAAUCGUCCACCUCGAAUCAACUGGGUGUCGCUGUUUGGGCUGCGACCGAGUGGAGCUGGCGGUGCCCGGCGACGUUGACGGUGACGACGGAGAAAGGGGUUUCAAGAGCGAUUUUGCCGCAGAUCGGUGCGAGGAGUUCGAGGCUGGUGGGAGCAAAGAGAGCAAGGCUUAUAGCAGUAGAGAUGAUCAAGGGGAGAUGAAUUUGAACCAGGUUAGCAACUACAGCUACGGUGAAGCUGAAGCAUUGACUGAUGAAAUUGAGCAAGAAUCUGAGAUUGCUGGGGAGAUUUUGAGGAUCAAAGAGAUUCUGAAUAAUUUUGAAGAGGAGUCUGAUUCCAUAUUGUUUGAAUCACUGAGAAGACUGGAAUUGAUGUCUCUAUCAGUUGACACUCUGCAGGCAACUGAGAUUGGCAAGGUUGUUAAUGGUCUUCGAAAGCAUGGAUCGAAGGGCAUCCGCAAUCUUGCUCGAGUUCUUAUCAGUGAGUGGAAAGAAAUGGUGGAUGAGUGGGUAAAAGCUGCACCUGCUGCUCAAGGUGCAGAAGAAGUCACACCGGAUUCCAAAAAUAAGUCUGCCACAGAAGAAGAAGAAGAUUUUGAAGAAGGGCUUCCAUUUCCUCCUCUAGAUGAAGCUGUAUUUUUUGCUACUCAGCCCACAUCAAUGGAGCUCUCACAAUUCUUCGAUGGCAUGGACGAUGAUGGAAAUCCUCGAAAUGGCGGGGAAGUUGUCAAGAACCGUGACAUUGGAAGAAAAACAUCAAAUGGCAAUCAAAAUCCUACAAGGUCUAAACAACAAACUGCUCAAGAGGUCAAUGGGCUUGCUAAGGACCAUAAGAGCCAACUAAAGGAACAAGUUGUGAAGCCAAACAAGCCAUCAUCAAACACGAAUUCUGGGCUUUCAAGGCCACAGAAGCUAAGCGCAGAGCCAAAGGACAAUCACGAGAAGUCCAUGCGCAAGCUGGAUAAGCCUACAAUCCCAAAGAGGAACCAGCAAGAUAGAGUCAAGUGUUCAGAUGAGGAUGCAGUUCAGAUGAAACUAGAAGCCACUAAGAGGAGACUCCAAGAGAGUUACCAACAAGCCGAGAACGCCAAGAAGCAGCGUACGAUACAGGUCAUGGAAUUGCGUGAUCUCCCCAAGCAGGGACUUGGCCACAAAAAUCCACACCUAAAAUCUGUAGGCCACAACCGACAUCGGGCAAACGGACGGCGUUAGGAUCAUCAACCGUCAGGAAGAAGACUGCAACUUCCAGAAUACGCUCCGAGUGACCUCCAUCUCAGAGUAGGUGGAAGGUCAUGCUAAAACUCCCUGGCAAACAGUGUCUUGACCGUCGCGCUUGAACAAGAAACUUGGUUUCCCACUGUGUCGUUUCUGGGGAGGGCGAUUCCGAUUCAAAGGCAAGUCGGAGUUAGAAACCCAUUUCCUACUUUUAAAGUACAUUUUGCAAGUAUAGAGAGUUUCUAGUGGAAUUUGGGAGGCAAAAUUAUAUAGCACAGCUUUAUCAGUGGUUAUUGUUAGUGUCUUGACUUGGUUCUCUCUUACAUAAUAUGCCUGUACAGAACCCUCUCAUUUUACAAUCCUCUUCACUUCACUCACUGACUACUUUCUUAUAGACGGUUUCCCUCUCCCCCCCUCUUUCUAUCACAUUGAAGGAAGGGUUUCUUCCAUACUAUUGAGGCUAAUGUAAUAUAAUUUUGCACACAACAUGGUGCACUUCCAUAAACAUUAUAAAUCUGUAUACUCCUUCAUAUGAAUGGCAAUAAUUCUACUCACAA